ACUACAACCAUCCCAGGCUGCCUUGCAAAACACACACACACACACACACUUCACACAUGCGGAAUGGCUACUACUGCAAACACGCUCCUCACAUACAGAAUGGCUGCUCCCUCAAGCUCAACUCUGCUGCAGUGGAUAUUGCUCCUCCUGCCCAUCUCAGGCAAGUCAAUAAGAGGCACAGCAUGGCGCCAGACGCUGGACUUUCAUAUUGCAUCACAACAUGAUUCACCUUGGAAGAUGAAGAUGACGCCGAAAAAAAAACAACUGCUCAUCCAACUACUUAAGCAAUCUGGAGGCAAUAAAAACUUGAUACUUCAGUUAAGUCAUCCUCUCUCCUCCACAGGGCUUCAGUCAUCCAACCAGCCGUACAGGGUGACAGAGGGCAGUUCUGUAGUGCUUGCAUGCCAGUACUCCGUGCGACGUCAUGGAGUAAGCCAUGUGUGUUGGGGACGCGACUGUGGCACCUUCUGGUGUAACGACAUCCUGGUGCAGGCCGAUGACAACGGGGUGGUGUCCACGGUCUCUGACAGGUACAGGCUAAUCGGGGAUGCCUUCUCGGGACAAAUGGACUUGGGCAUUCAGAGGAUCCAGCAGGCGGACAACGGACCCUACUGCUGCCGAGUGGACAUAGAUGGACUUUUCAAUGACAAAAAGGUGUCUUACACGCUGGUGGUUUCUAAAGCUCCUCCCAGUACAACGGCACCACCAACAACAACUGCAACCAUCACAGAUCCCCCUCCAGCCACCACAGUACAUUGGAGGAAUGUCCUGUCAUCCCAUUUUGACAUUGUAAGGCAGAAUGUGAGCCACAUUCAAACUGACACACUGUUUGAGGACUCGUUUCCAAGCAUCACACUGCAGAUCAACAUCCCGGUGCUGUCCCUGUCCCUCAGCCUGCUGCUGCUCCUGGUGGCCGCUCUUAUGCUCCUGGCCUUCAAACGUGGACUCCACAGAAAAGCUCUGGAUGUAGGAUGCUUGUCAUCAAAGGAGCCGCGUCACAUCAUCUACGAGAUCAGGACCAGGAGACCAGUGGCUGAGAACAUCUACACUAUUGAAUAAGGAACUGUAUCGCACGCCGGGCCUGCUCUGUCCCACACUAUGUAUUUUUUGCUGUAAUAUUUGUACACAACACACGUGUCAUUUUACCCUUUCAUAUAUUCUACAGUACGCAUUGCUGUAUUUAUAAAUGCAUAUUCAAAAAAUUACAAUGCAUGAAAGCUAUUGCUGGUACGCUACUGGUAAAUAGGACAGUCCUUCAUUGGUAAGCAUGAGAUUUUGCUGUAAAUUGCUGUUACUAUGUAUCAUAAAAAAGUAGUUUCUCUUUUCUCU